AUGGGAGAAACAACACAAGCAACAGAAACAGCUAACCCGACAGCUAAAACAAAAACAGCAGCAACCUCUUCAAAGAGAACAGGUGGAGGUGGAGAAAUCGUGGAGGUCGAAGGCGGUCACAUUGUCCGGUCUACGGGACGGAAAGACCGUCACAGCAAAGUUUGCACUGCGAAAGGUCCCCGUGACCGCCGUGUACGGCUCUCAGCUCACACCGCGAUCCAAUUCUACGACGUGCAAGACCGUUUGGGCUACGACCGACCUAGUAAGGCAGUUGAUUGGCUUAUCAAAAAAGCCAAAUCCGCCAUUGACGAACUCGCUCAGCUUCCCGCGUGGAACCCCACCGCCACAUGUUCAACACCACAGCAGCAGCAGCAAACUAACGAGUUGUACCGCCGGCAGUCCCCGGUGGACAACAGUCCUGUAACCGCAUCCACCAGUCACCGCUCAGCGGCAUUAGAGCGAAGAAUACCGCAGGAACAAUUUUCUUCCCAGCCAUUAGAGAUAGACUAUAAUAACAGUAGCGGGAAGCAUGGUUUUCUUCAUGGCUCAUUGGAUACCGACAUUGCUGAUACUAUUAAAUCGUUUUUUCCAGUUGAAACGCCCACAGCCUCGUUUCACAGCUACCCACAACCGCCGGAUUUGCUCUCCCGAACGGCCGCAACCACUCAGCAAGAUCUCCGCCUCUCCUUGCAAUCUUUUCAAGAUCCCAUUAUGCUUCACCAUCAAUCUCAAAACCACCAUGACCACCACCACAAUCACCAAGUACUUUUUGCUGGAAACUCCUCACUCGGUUUCGACGGUGGUGGAACCAACAUGUGGUCUGAGCAGCAGCAGCAUCAAGAGGAACAUGACAAUGGAAGAUUGCAUAGAAUGAUGGCUUGGAAUGCUAAUGUCAAUGCUGCAGAUGGUGGCAACAGUGGCCAGGGCGCUGGAUUUGUGUUCAGCACACCCGCCCCGGCUUUCGGAGGUUUUGGCCAGCUUUUUUCUCAGAGGGGACCCCUUCAGUCCAGUAACAAUCCUUCAAUUCGUGCUUGGAUAGAUCCAUCCAUGGCGGGGACGGCGAAUAUGACCGAUCACCACCAUCACUAUCUUUCACCAAUGAUCCAUCAGGCUUCUGUCUCUGGUGGUGGAUUCUCCGGCUUUCGCAUACCAACACGAAUUCAAGGUGAAGAGGAACACGACGGUGUAUCUGAUAAACCGUCCUCUGCUUCCUCUGAUUCUCGCCAUUGA